GGAACCCAGACACUUCACAUAGAAAUUAACUUCGCGGAUCAGAACCCCAACGCCCUGGUUGACACCCUAACCGCAGUCCCCAUUGUUUGGCCUUAGCAGUGUACACAAUGCACUUGUAUUUACUCUGCUCUAUUUUCCUCUCCAGAAAAGAGCCUGAGGGUAGGGUUUAUGAGUGCACUGUGCUCACCGUGCUGUCUCUCCCUCCUCAUUUACUUAAUCACGUCACCACUCAUUCUUUUUAUAAGCAAAUCUGCUCCUUUCCUAUUGGCCCUGCUCAGACCUUUUCUCUAAAGAAGGGGAGGAGACUGAAACUGACUCGACCAGACUUCCUUAAAACUUUCCCUGCUUGUGAGUGUAACUGUCCUGAUAAACAGUUGGUGGUAUAAGUGUUUUACAAUCUGUAGCCCACAGCUGAUGAGUAUCAGGUGAAUGGCAGGAGAUCUGAAAGUGACCUGAUGAUGGGAAAGAAUGUCUGGAACUACAUUCCUGGUCUCAAUGGAAAUCCUUAGCAGAUGGAAAACUAAUUAUAUUAAGUAUUGGCAGCAUCUGUAGAUUUUAUCAUAGGUGAAUCCUGAGGAGAGGACUGCUCCACAAUGAGGGACCGAUUGGAGGAGCUGCAGAACCGGGCUGAAGAGUUCUCUGAGGCUGGAACUGAGAACGCGAAUCCUUUCUCAGUGGAGAGUGAUGAUGAGGAUGUUGGGGUCAUCACACCGCAGGCUGUGAUGUUCGAGGAGGAACCAAUCAUAGAAAAUUUCUUGAGUGAGGCUCAGCAAAUCCGAGAUGACAUCACAGCGCUGGAGACAGAGGUCCUAAAGUUCACUCAGCAGCAAAAGACCCUGGUGGCAACCAUGCGUCGGUUCAGUGUCAUGAAGAAAGAGAGCAGCAUAACACGAAACAUCAAGUUCCAGGCCGAAAGCCUCCACCGCCGUUUAGAUGCACUUUCAAAACAGGCCCAAAGUACUGAGGAUCAGCAGGGACCUACUGCAGCUACAACGAGAAUACAGCGCUCCCAGCAUGCAGCACUUCACCGCAAAUUCCAGCAGGUAAUGUACCAGUAUAAUGAAGGUCUGCUGACCAAGCAGGAGCGCUGUAAGCACUUCAUUAUCCGGCAGCUUGAGGUAUCGGGGAGGGAUGUGACAGAGGAGGAGGUGAAUGAGAUGGUCGCCACUGGAAACUGGGAGGUCUUCAAUGAGAACCUGCUGAAUGAUGCCAGAAUCACACGGUCACAGCUAUCUGAGAUUGAACAGCGACACAAGGAGCUGUUGAGUCUGGAGAACAACAUGAAGGAGCUGAGGGACCUCUUCAUGGACAUUUUCAUGCUGGUGGAGGAACAAGGCGUCUACAUUGAACACAUCCAGACCAACGUAGAGAGGACACAGGAUUAUGUGGCUGCAACUAAUGAGAAGUUCAAGAUGGCCGUCAGGUAUAAGAAGAAGAACCCAAUCAGACAACUGUGCUGCUGCUGCUGCCCUCCGUGGAGAUGCUGCUUAUAAAAUGCAAGAAUUUCAGCCUCAACAUUUAUGGCAACUGUUUCAAAAGUCUUAGUUACCUGUUGGAAGUAAGCAACACUGGAUUCAAGUACCAUUUAAGUGAAGGUAAUGGUACAGCAAUUUCUGCUGUUGGACAGAGCGAUGGUGAAGACAGAUUCAGCAGAGCAUAGAAAACAAUUAGGGGAAGGGCCAGAAUUGGUAUGGGAGGCACUUGUUUCUUUCCAGAGGAUGUGAAGCGACUGCUAUUGGAAGAGACAGUUCAGUGAUCGCUACUCAUCAACACCGUUGCUUAUUGGAGACCUUCACUGUCAUCUGACAGAGGUCACAAACAAGGGGAGGCCAUUGACACUGCUAGAUCAGCAAGACUGAUAUUUCACCAUUUUUCCAAAAGAACCUCUCAUCUUUUCCUCUUUUUUUUCCUGCCACAGGAGCUGUAGAUAAUGAGGGCAUAUUUUUUAUACCGUAUAUGCACUUUAAGACUCCCUCUCUUUUCAGCACAAACUUAACAUAGUGGAGAAAUUUUUAUUUCAAAGAUAUUGAGCAAUUACAUAUUCAUUUCAUUUUUAGUUCACGUGCUGAUGAAAAAAGAAGAACUUGUUUUACAAUUAGUAUUAGUAGCAUUUGCAUUUCAAAGUCUGAUCAUUUUCAAUGAAAAAAAGUUAUUAAUUUACGCGCUUUCACAAAGGCAGGGAUUCGAGCAAAACUUCGAAUAACGAGACUUGAUCAAAAUAUUUCUGUCAUGAUGACAAAAUCGCAGGAAAUCAUUGAAGUCAUUUGCUUAAAAUGCGACGGAAGAUUAUUUUUCAGGAUAUAUUAAAAUUCUCCGUGUGCUUUGCAUUCCGGAGCGCAAUAACUAUUCACAAUUCUGUUGGAACUGUUUUAUUGUUCAGAUGAAAUAUUCUGGCAUUCACAUGCAUCAUUAUUAUUUAUAUUAUUAUAGUGCACAAAAAGGGAGCAGAGGCUUCAGAGGAAAUGCCAGAGCAACGGACUAAAAUCCCAAGAAUGUGGUGUUUUACUGACAAAUAGAACCGGCAGACUCACAGCUGCUGACAGAUAAUCAUCCUCUGUUUCCACAUUUCCUUAAGUUGACUUGACAAUAUUAACUCAUUAUCCCUGCCAGGGUCAUGGCAAAGGGAAUAGUAAGUGGUUCAGUCAGUAAUUCAUUCGCUGUUGAUUUCGCUCGCUGGCAGAAAGGCUUAAACUAGACUCUAAUGAGCAGAGACAGUGAUGUUCCGCAGUGAGUCAGUGACCCAUGGUGGCUGGUGUCCGGGACAAAAUACGGGUGAACUGGGAGUGUUGGAGCCAUUCUGGAAAAUCUGGUUUGUCCUACUAUUCCAGCAUAGUUGCAGGACCAUCACUCUAUGUUCCUGUAGGGAACAAUAUGUCAAUAGAGCUUUUAGCAGAUGGUAAGAGGAUCUUCCUUAGUUAAAUAGAGCUCUGUUCAAGUAACUUAAUCCUAGGUUCAGAAUAAUAUAAAAGCAUAUGAACACACCAACAAUUGCUUCAUGUGAAGAGUAAAAAGUCUCACAUGUAUCAUAUAAAGUGCCAGAAAUGUAUUUUUUUAAGUUAUUUUUUUGGCCUUUAUUAGAUAGGUGCAGUGUAGACAGACAGGAGAAGAGUGGGGGAAAGACAUGCAGCAAAGGGCCAUGAACAGGAAUCAAACCCAGGCCACUGUGUCAGGUUGCCUGCUUAACCCGAUGAGCUAUCAGGAACCCCAGAAAUUGCUGUUUGUAAGUCAAUUUAGAUGCAAGUCUUUUUACACGUCAUGCGAUCCCUUAAGAAACGCUAACUGUCAAUGCAGCGCUUUAAUUACCUCCGCCAUCAUUACGUUGCUUCCUCUGGUUUAAUGGAGGAACAGAGUGCGACAUGCAGCUAAAGUGCUGGAUGACUUCUGCUAUCUGACUGGAAGAGUGUUUUUGUGAAUCAGAUCUUCUGUGUUGUACAUCAGUCUUUUUAAAAUUAGAAUGACAUAUUAAAACAGAGACAUAAACAUAUCAAAUAUUUAAAUUUGAAUAUGAAAAUCAAAUAACAAGUCAGAGUACUGCAUAGAUGAUCCCUCUUCCCUGACACAGUGUGGAAAAAUGAGGCACUGCUGCAAAUUGGAAGGUUCCUGAACAGCAACAAUGCCAUCCAGUGUUCAGUGAGAUAAUUACCAGUUAAAAGUGGGUUAUCACUAUCAUGUGAUUAUGCACAGCAGGAACUUCACUGCCAAACAUUCUCAGAAUGAAAAACAUACAUGUUGUACUGUUCUAUUAUAUUUUUUAGGCCAUUAUUUGGAGCUCGUUCCUCAAAUUGCUCAAAGUAUAACCUGAAACAGACCAAGAGUACUCACUAGUUUGAGGUCAGUGACAACUUAAGCAGCUGUCAGCAAGUUCGAGACAGAAAAUAAUCCAAUUUAUUUCGAUGUGGAUGAGGUUUCUGUUUCUUAAAUUGUGUGACAUUUUAAAAAGUAACAGUAUCAAAAGACAAAAGACAGAACUCUUUCUCUCAGAGGGCAUUCUGUUUCUGUUACAGCCUUUUCCAUGUCCUUAUUGUCCAUUAUCUACAUGAGUAUCUAGUCAUAAGGCAUCAGUGAUUAUGAAACAGGUCAAAUAUCCCUCUUGAUCAUGUCAAUGGGAUACCACAAUCAAAAUUAAUACAGACUGAGCUCUCAUAACACAGAAAUAUGCAGCAUAUUCAUAGUCACCAUCAAAAAAACACAGGAAUAAAAGAAAGUGGAAAAUCUGUAAGAUGGAAAUGGAUUUUUUUUCCAAAUAUACCAACAGCAGAGAUGCAGGGAUCAAUGAGAGUUUGCAGACCUGAGAGAAAGCUUCUGGGGUUCAUGUGAGACAUCCAUGAUUUCCUUUCACUUUUUUUUUUCACUUUUUUUGAAUAAAUGAAUCUUGUCACAGAAAGGUAAGACUGUGAUAUAGUAGGAAAUAUUUUCAGUUUGGAACAGUUUGGAAGUUUCUGCACCAAAACUAUUUGAUUAGGUUUAGGAAAAUAUCAUGGUUUGGGUUAAAAUGCAGUCCUAUCACAGGAGGUUUUGGCAGACUGGGCUGGACAACAGCAGGCAGUAAACAUCAGACAUAUUCACUGAUAAUAGUGUGUUUGCUUACCGGCUUCCACACCAAGUGUUUAAGCUGAAAAGACUGACAGUCACACCUCGAGGUGGACAGGCAGCCCAGGUCUUUACUUGAAAAAUUUACCGACUUUCUUGUGUGAACAGUGUCACAGCUCAUGUCAGUCAGAUUUGUCUUUUUUUCUGAUAAAAAGACAAAUAAACCUCUGCACAUCAGACCCCCAGGGAAGUAAGGCAAAAUCAACUCUUUUCACUUUCUCUCUCUUCCAGCUUCACCGUGCUUCACAUUGAAAAGGUUGCUCACUCUGGGAGCUGCCCGGCACUACAAAAGUUUUCAAAUGUUUAGAGGCUCCGCUGUGGAUUCAUCUUGUUUAUGUCCAUCGGUGAAGCUGUUAUCCAAUAUUUUACGUGAAACCACACUGCUUGCAGUCAUUCAGACAUAUAAUCCUGUUUCUGGCCAAAUCAGAUUUUGUCCGACUGUCACCGUUUUGACUACCUGCACUGCCAGCUCUGCACGUACACACAACAGCUGUUCCCAGAUGUGAUGACCAGAAGGUAACAAGGCAUUCGUAUCCACUUUGUGUCAACCAUCCAUCCAUCCAUUAUCUAUACACCUUAAUCCUCCCUGGGGUCGCAGGGGGCUGGAGUCUAUCCCAGCUGACUUAGAGUGAAGGCAGGUGACACCCUGGACAGGUCACCAGUCUAUUACAGGGCUGCACAUAGAGACAAAUAAUCACAUUCAUAUUCACACCAACAGACAAUUUAGAAUUAUCAAUUAACCUCAGCAUGUUUUUGUAUUGUGGGAGGAAGCCAGAGUACCUGGAGAAAACCCACACAUGCACAGGGAGAACAUGCAAACUCCAUGCAGAAAGAUCCCAGGCCCAGGUAGGGAUGCGAACCGGGGCUCUUCUAGCUGUGAGGUGACAGCGCUAACCACCAAGCCACUGUGUCAACCAUGGUCAUAUAUAUUUUUGUGUAAUACUGUGGGAAGCAAACAGCCUUUUUGUGUUUCUGAAAAAGUUCAUGCCGUUUUAUAUUGAAACAUCAGAUUCAUGCUGAUGCAGGAAUGGUACUGGCUAACCUGUUGGUUGGUUGGGGUGUUUCUUUGUGGCGUUUGUAUGUUCUCCAUUGACCUAGAUGGGUUUUCUGUGGCUGCUCCAGCUUCUUCCCACUAUUAUAAGACAUGGUAGAGCAACUGGUUAUUCUAAAGUGAGGCGGAGUCUGAGGUGUGAAUGUGAGCAUACGUGGUUGUCUGUGAUGAACUGGAGACCUUUCCAGGGCGUAUCCCGCCUCUCGCCCAGUAGCAAUAACCUCCUAUAACCUUCCGCAGGACAAAACAGCUAUAGCGCAUGGAUGGAUGAUGUGAUGUAUUGUUCAUUUAUUGGGGAUUGUUGCAGGUAACUCAUGCACCUUUUAGUUUGGUGCAUGUACUUGCUCCACAUUCAACACAGUAACCCAAAUUCAUUACUCAAACCUUCUCCCCACGUUCCAGACAAGACCCAUCAAUCAUGUUUGAUUUAACAAUAAUGUGAACAGAGGAGACACGUGAGAAUUUGCAACGUUGAUGAUGUCUGACAGAGUUGCCGUGACGUCCGUAUGUGACUAUGUACAGUACAUAUUUCUUCUAUCUGGCCUGUCAGUCACAACAUGGAUCCCAACGACUUUCUCAGAAUGUCUAUAGAACAUCAAAGCAGCCCUCCUGUGAGUAACACCAGCUGUGGUUAUAGAGAGCUGACAUUACUUUACUGCCUGGUUUUAUCACACCCAUCAAAAUCUGAACGCAGAGAUAUCAGGACCAUCAGAAAGAGAUAAAUCACAAAGAAACUGUGCAGCGAGUUGGGCAGCUCUGAUAGCAGUAAGAGCACCAGAAAUACACUGAUUGUCUCCACUGAUUUAGGGUAGUGAAUACACAUGGUAUAGUUUUUUUUUUUUUCAGAAAUGGAAAUUUAAGCAACUAUCAGUUUUUGCCAGGUUGUUUUCUUGUCAGAAAGUGCUAUAAUUUCACAUCAGUUUGUAGGCCUCUGUGAUAUAUAGGGAGCGGUUUGAGUUGAUGUUAAACAUAGCUCUACAGUAAAUAUGAAGUUGGAAUCAGCAGCAAAAUAGAACACUGACUGUCAGUUUGAAAUGGGAAAGAGACAAACUUGAAUCAUGUUGACAUUCAAUGUUUUAUUUGCCCAUUCAGCCACCUCCACCUUCUUCCUAAAUUGACUUUGUGACUCUAAAAUGUCACAUCCUGUGCUUACUAAUAAUUAUUAUAGCCACUAGAGGGCAAUGUCAUGAUUAAUCAGGGGAAACUCAAGGGGCCAUUUUUCUAAAAGCCCUGUCUGCCCAUCUAUCUCCAGAUAAAUAGACUGAAAGUCCAAAAGCAACCUCUGUGACUGCCGUUGCCAUUGCUAUCGCAAAAAUUUGUGUAUAGGAGAGUUAUUGGUUUCGCAGCAGAGUCUCUAUUUUGAUUCUAGCCAUAAGCUUUUUUUGCAUUUCAUAUCCCUCGCCUUCUCUUGCCAUGUUUCCCAUCUAUAUCUACACUGCCCAAAAUGUAAACUAAAUUGAUAUUAGCAACAUAUUAAUCUUGAAAAGCUCAUCCUACCUUACUUUGAAAAAAGAUUAGAGAAAUAAAGAUUCUAAAGGUU